AGGGUCAGCUCCAAGCUCCAAUUAUAUCCUUGAAUCAGACCACUCCCUUCUUCAAAGGUCCCCACUACUACCACAAACAAGUGAAACAACAACAACAUCCUCCUCAAGUCUCUAUUCUUAACCUCAGUACCCACAUUCAUGUAAAACCACUACAUUUUCCUGACUUCCCUCUUCUACAUUCUCCUCCAAUAUUCCCCAGGUUCUUCAGUUUUUUUUUUUUUUUUUUUUAGUUCUCCUCAUGGACAAGGCUGAAAGAGAAACACAUGACUUCAUGAAUGUUGAAUCCUUCUCCCAGCUGCCCUUCAUUCGACCUGCACCAGUUAAAGAAAAGGGCAUCCGACUUUUUGGCAAAGAAUUUGGAGGGGACUCCAACAGUACUGUUACUACUGCUGACGACUCCGAAUCUGCUCUGACGACUAAUCCUCAUCGUCAUGAGCAGAGUACUAAGGAUAGUGAUAAUGGAGAUAGCACUCGAAAAUUCGAAUGCCACUAUUGUUGCAGAAACUUCCCUACAUCUCAAGCCCUUGGAGGCCAUCAAAAUGCACACAAGAGGGAGAGGCAGCAUGCUAAAAGAGCACAUCUUCAGUCAGCAAUGGUGCAUGGAGGCCUAGCUGAGACUCAUGUUUAUGGCCUUAUGAAUUAUCAUCGCCUUGGUUCGGUGCCAACCCCGGCUUUGGCCUAUCAUUCUUGGGGGAAAAGCAGCAAUUCUUAUACAAGUAACUCAAGAUUCUAUGGUACUGGUGGUCACGGCUCUUUUUCUCAUCAGCCACCUAUCAACGGCAGCCCGUUAGCCUUGUGGAGAAUUCCAGCAGCUGCCCACAGUUCCCCUACUUUUAGUCGAGACGGUUCGGUUCAUCAUCCACUUCCCUUGUUUUCCAAUGAUGAUUUGAAGCCUCCACAAGUGAUGAGCUCCAAUUCUCAAACUCGGCUAGGGUAUGAAACUUCAAAGCCUAAAAUUCAAGAUCAUGUGAGUUUGGACCUGCAUCUCUAACUAUACUAGUCUCAAGAUGAUUGAUUUACUUCCCAUCAUAUAUAGGGAACUUUUGUUGUUUGAUGAGGCAAUUCCAAGAACAAGUGUUUCUUUGGCUUUUUUUUUCUUUUUUUCUUUUUUCCACUUGAAACCACCUUCUUUCUCUUAUACUUCCAGUAAUCAAUCUGAUGUGUAAAUGACAUAAUUUCACCAUUUCAGCAUGCACUUAUUUCAGUGCAGUAUGGUGAAAUAUUUCCCACAAGAAUUACUUCUCGAAUUUCUUGUGCUUAACAUGCGGCCAAAUUGGUAAUUGGUUUCGCCCUUAAUUAAGUUUUACUAAUAUAUUCACCUUUA